AUGCAGAAUGAACUUUUGGAUCAAGUACAAGAUGCAUCAACUUAUAUCACAUACAUAAACACCCUCACUUCACCAGAUCAAGAAAUAGAUAGGUUUCUUGAACAAAUAAAAUCGUUAAGAUCCUGUAUAAAUCCAACCUUGCAAUAUUGUUCACUUCAAAAUUUCCUAAAUGCUUUGCUUGUAUUAACUUAUCCUGGUCUAAUAUCCUAUGAAAUAAUAACAAUAACUUUAAACAUACUACUAGAUAAUGACGAUAAAAUUGACUCGAACUUAAAAGAGGAAUUGCCAAUUUUGAACGAAAUAUCAUUAUUGAAGACAGCACAAGAUAUACAGCAAGAAUCAACAUUUAAGGCUCAGUCGUUAGGAUUUCAUUCAAUUUCCAAUUUAUCAUCAAAUAAUGAGAUCAAAACAAAUUUUAUCAAGUCCAAGAUAUUGCAGUUGAGUAAAUUUCACAAUGAUAUCAAUGAAUUGAGUGGAUUGUUCAACGAUAGUAAUCAAGAAUUAAAGGACUGGCAGAAAUAUAUUGUAGAACCUUAUGGAUUUUAUUGGACACACUAUGGAAAGUUAUACCCGAAUGAAGCCAUCUCGUUCAACCUGUACCUACUUUUAGGAUCUUUAGAAGAAAAAUUUAAUGUAUUCAUAAAUCCUAUUGACAGAAAUCAAAUACAAACUUUGGAACAGUGGUUGAAAAGCACCGCAAUUCCAUUAUUAUCAUACUACGAUGAAAACCUCGAGCCGUUGCAAAAUUGGAUGUUUCAUCAAGCUCAUGAAGGAUCAAAUUUGAGGAAAUAUGGUAUUUGGAAUAUUUGCAUUAGAUUGAUGUCAGAGAAUUUUGAUAACUCCAAAUUAAAGUCAGUGAUUAGAGAAUAUUUAGCAUCUUGCUAUUAUUAUGCUUUAACUGAAGAUCUGAAUGUGUCAUCGAUGGAAUUAACAAAAACUUAUGAUACUAUAUUGGCAACAUUAAACGUGAUUGGAUUUAAUAAAGACUCACAAUCAUCAUCAACCCCACCACUGAUAAAAUUUGAAGACAUUCAAAAUUAUGAGACUUUCGAAGAGUUUCUAUCGAAAAAUAAUCUCCUAUCACCACUAUUUGAACCUAGUCAAAUCUAUUUCUUAUAUGACGCAAUAACCAGUUGUCAAAAGUUAUAUCCAAUUAAUAAAUUAACUUUAAAACAAUAUUUGUUAUACAAGUUUGGGAUAAAUGAUAACGAUGUACAGAGAGAAAUAAGCAAAAUAACCAGUAACAUAACUUUAACCAAUUGGGAGCAAUUAGUCAAUCUGGUCGAGUUGUUUAAGUCUGAGUUCAUUCCUAGUUCAAAGUCAUCCUCAUUUGAUUGCAUUUUGCUAGAGCGACUACUCAUAGCAAACUUAUUCGAACCAAUAAAUCAAUUGAUUGAAAACAAAAAGAUUAAUAUUUCCUCGAAAGAGAUAUUUGAUAUCACAUUAGAAAAACUUUGGGAUUCCAUUGAUCAAGCAACCAAUUUGAAUGACAAAAUUGGACAUCUACAUCAUGCUAAACUAUGUGUUGAUAUAAUUGAUAAUUUGAAUCAAGAUUUAGGCAAAGAACAACGAGAAGAAAUUAUUAAAUUGAAACGUUUAUUUAAAGCUAUGCACUCAAUGAAAAAUUUUAAAAUUGUUGUUGAAAAAAAUAGGCCAUUUACUCCAAAGCAAUUGUUACAGUAUUCUGGUAAUCUUGAAGAUGACAAAAAUUGUAUGAAAUUGAUCAACAUAAUAUUGGAGCAGAACCCAAAAUCAUAUUUAGCCUUUGAAAAGCUAUUUAGAAUUUUACAUGAUUUAUUAUUCUAUUUCAACAACCAAAAUCAACAGGAUGAGGGUGAAGAAGGAUCAGGAUUUUUUUUCAAUAAAUUAAAAACAGCAUGCAUUGAAAGCUCGUUGGUUGACAACAAUUUUCAAUUCGCUUACAAUCAGAGUCUUGAACUAUUCGAACAUUUUAAAGAGACCAAUAAACAAAAACAAUUCGAAAAUUUUUGGUUAACUUUUUAUCAAGUUGGAAAGUUUGUCUCACCAGAUUGGUUUGAAUCGGAUAAUGAGUUGGAGAAGUUAGAGAUCCUAAUAAAGCAGCGGGAAAUUUUGUCUUUAACUAUGCUGGAGUUGAAUUGUGGUGAGAAUAUUAAAAUUGUUUUGGAUCAAUGGUCCAAUGUGAAUAAACAAAUAGAGAAUCAAAAUUAUAGCAAGAAGUUAGAAGAUAUAAAGACUUUCAAGCAAGAUCAAAAUAACAACGACAUAGGUUAUAAUCUUCAACAACCAAUGAAUAAUUUAGCUAAAGAAAUUAUUAAUGAUGCUGCUAGUACCACUAACAAUGCAAGUGAAAAAAUUUCGAAUUUGUUUGUUUCAGGUUUAGGUUGGGCUAUCGGUGCUAAAAAGUAG